AACAUGUAGUAGGGCGUGGGUAUUAUAUGGAGGGUGCUUUUUGUAUUUUUUUUUUAAAAAAAAUUGAAUGUUACUGUUCCUUUGUUGUUGGGCGGUGCCUGUAACAGCUGGGGAAGAACUGAGCCAGAAUUGAGCUUUUAUUUUGCCAGCAGAGGGCGUAUAAGGUCGUCAGCUGAGUGUCUGUAUGAGAGCAUCACCAACACUGAGCUUCCUUUCUUCUGUGGUGUUUAUACGCAUUCUCUUAUACCUGCCUGUAAUAGUUAGUAGAGCCAGAGGGAGCUGAUUAUCAGGACUACUGUGAAGCGCUAUCUUAUGACCUAUAGAUUGGUAGCCUGCACAGUUUCACUUGGACAUAAUGAGCUAUACAUGAAUAUUUUUUACCAAAACAAACCGAUGUGUGAAACGGAAUCUUCCACUGUAAGCAAAAACAUUUUACGUAUCCUUGAAGGUUGCAAAACAAGAGAAUUUAAGAAGAUUGCAAGCACAAUCUAAUAGGUGAGAUCAUAAUGGUAUUAACAUUGGGAAUUCUUUUCUGAGUAGUGCUGCACAGCAGAUAUGUCUGAGUCAACAUCGUCAUCAUCAUCAUCAAGAAUGCAAUUGAAAAUCUGUUUGAAAUACAAAGGGAAUAGUAAAUAGGCAUAGAGCAUGCAGCCAGAUGACUUAUUUGCAUGGAAAUUUAAGGCCUUCAGUGGAAAUAUGGGUCCUCCACCCAUUAUCAAUUCCUCUGAUUCUUGUGGGCAGAAUAACAUAACCCCAGCAGUGCCCAAAAUGGGUGUACGAGCAAGAGUUUCUGAAUGGCCACCUAAAAAAGACUGCACAAAGGAUAUUGCUAACAAAGUAGCCUGGAAAAAGUCACCACAAGGCACUUAUGAUGUGGUGUCUGCAAUCUUCAGUGGACAAAAAGACUCAGCUGACUUUAGAGAAGCAUCAUUUGAAUUUGAAUUGGGGGAAACCAAAGAUAUUUUUUACAAUUCAUCUCACAGGGGACUUCAUACUAUACGGCAAAGAAGCAACAGUGAUGUUACCAUAAGUGAUAUUGAUACAGAUGAUGUUCUUGACCAGAAUGCAAUUAAUCCAAAUACAGGAGUAGCUCUGCAUAGGGAAUAUGGAAGCACAUCUUCAAUAGACAGACAGAGCUUGACAGGAGAGAACUUUUUUGCAAUGCUUCAGGGAUUUAAGGUUGAAAACCGGGAACAGAAAAACACAACUCCAUUUUCUUGUUCAAGUUUAUUUAAUUGUGAUUCUCCAGUUUCUCCCAGCUUGCAGGCUGCCAAACAGAUAUCACUUGGGCAGAUAGUAAGAAUUUCUGCUUUUGAUUAUAUGGACAAUGCAUUACUAAGAGAAAAAGAUAGACUACCUAAAAGUCAAUUAAAAGCAGAAACGGUUGAAACAUCUCUGUAUAAAAGACUAAGGGCUGUAAAAAGUGAUCACAAUGCUUUAAAGUUGUCAUUUGACGUUGACGAUGUUAAAAUGGAAAAAUGUAUGCAAAUUGGGAUCUCUGAAAAGUGUUUUGCACAUUAUGAUGCGCAGAGCAUUUUGUUUAACAUAUUUGAAGCCAUGGUCUCACAGACUAGUGUUGCUAAGCACAAAAAUAUAACAACGGGGGCAUCUGCAGCAUCACAGUCAUCAAUAAUUGGUGGCAAAGCUGGGAACUGUCAGUAUGCUCAGGGAAGUGCAGAAGACCAUAACUGUAGUCCAGAAGCAGACGAAGGAGAUGGCAAAAGCAACGAUAUUGUUUUAAGCUGUCCUUAUUUCAGAAAUGAGAUUGGAGGAGAAGGGGACAGAAAACUUGCACUUUCAAGGGCAAACUCUUCUGUUCAAACUGGUGAAAGUUGUUCCUUUGAAUCAUCUCUCAGCUCUCACUGCACCAAUGCUGGUGUGUCUGUGUUAGAGGUACCAAGAGACAAUCAACCUAUUCACAGUGAAAAAGUAAAGCGCUAUAUUAUAGAGCAUGUAGACCUUGGAGCAUACUACUACAGGAAGUAUUUCUACGGAAAAGACCACCAAAAUUACUUUGGAAUAGAUGAAAACUUAGGACCAGUUGCAGUAGGCAUUCGAAGAGAGAAGGUGGAAGAUAUAAGAGAGAAAGAAGGAUCUCAGUUCAACUACCGUAUAAUUUUUCGUACAAGUGAGCUCACUACUUUGAGAGGCUCAGUUUUAGAAGAUGCUGUACCAUCCACAGCCAAGCAUGGCACAACACGUGGAUUGCCUCACAAAGAGAUUUUGGAGUAUGUGGUACCAGAGCUUAACAUACAAUGCUUGCGGCAAGCCUCAAACUCUGCCAAAGUCACAGAACUAUUGCUCAAGUUAGAUGAACAAGGGCUGAGUUUUCAACACAAGAUUGGCAUCUUAUAUUGCAAAGCUGGACAGUGUACAGAAGAAGAAAUGUACAAUAAUGAAACAGCUGGGCCUGCUUUUGAAGAAUUCCUUGAUCUAUUAGGCCAGCGAGUUCGACUGAAGGGAUUUAGUAAAUAUAGAGCUCAGUUAGAUAACAACACGGAUUCAACUGGAACCCAUUCCCUGUACACCACUUACAAAGAUUAUGAACUGAUGUUUCAUGUGUCAACUAUGCUUCCAUAUAUGCCCAGCAACAGGCAGCAGCUACUUAGAAAAAGACAUAUUGGCAAUGAUAUAGUAACUAUAAUCUUUCAAGAGCCAGGAUCUCUUCCAUUUACUCCAAAAACAAUCCGGUCUCAUUUUCAGCAUGUGUUUGUAAUUGUUAGAGUGCAUAACCCAUGCACAGAAAGUGUAUGCUAUAGUGUUGUUGUUUCAAGAUCAAAGGAAGUUCCACCUUUUGGCCCACCUAUACCCAAGGGAGUGACAUUCCCAAAAUCAGCUGUGUUUAGGGAUUUUCUUUUGGCGAAAGUGAUUAAUGCAGAGAACGCAGCACACAAGUCAGAAAAAUUUAAGGCUAUGGCCACCAGAACCCGUCAAGAGUAUCUGAAGGAUCUUGCAGAAAAUUUUGUUACAACAGCAACUGUAGAUAGUUCUGGAAAAUUUAGUUUCAUCACCCUUGGAGCAAAAAGGAAAGAAAGGGUAAAACCUAAGAGAGAUGCUCAUUUAUACAGCACUGGAGCCAUUUUGUGGAAUGUUAUAGCAUGGGACUUUGGCCUAUCUGCAGAUACUGAAUGCUUAUUAGGAAUUUCCAAUGAAUUUGUCAUCCUUGUUGAAGAGAGAUCUAGAAAUGUGGUGUUUAACUGCUCCUGCAGGGACAUUAUUGGCUGGACAUCUGGACUGAAGACUAUUAAGAUUUUUUAUGAGAGAGGGGAAUGUGUCCUUUUGUCUUCCAUAAACAACUACUCUGAAGAUACAAGAGAUGUUGUUCAGAGGUUGGAACUUGUCACCAAAGGAUGUGAAACAACAGAAAUUACCUUGCAUAGGAAUGGGCUUGGUCAACUUGGAUUUCAUGUAAACUUUGAAGGGAUAGUUGCAGAUGUAGAACCUUUUGGCCUUGCAUGGAAAGCUGGAUUGAGGCAAGGGAGUCGCUUAGUUGAAAUCUGCAACGUGGCUGUAGCUACAUUGACUCAUGAACAAAUGGUUGAACGCCUUCGCACUUCAGUAUCUGUAAAAGUGGUCAUUAUACAACCAUAUCACGAUGGAGCCCCUAGAAGGGGCUGUUCAGAACUUUCCAGAAUGCCUGUGGUGGAGUACAAACUUGACAGUGAAGAUACUUGUGAUUUCAAAACCCCUUUCAAACGUAAUACCACCUGGCAUCAUGUGCAGAGUCCUGUAUGUCAGCCUGUUACAUGUGUUUCUCCAAUUGUGGGAACAUCAGAGAAAAUGCCAGCAGUUCCAUGCCAGCAGUUUUUCCAACAGUGUCAGGCUGGUAUCCCUCGCAGUACAUCCUUUGACAAGAAAAUGACUGAUGGCACAAGGUGUCCCUCUCCUUUGCUUCUUGGAAAUCAAAUCGCUCCAAUUAGUCGUGACGUUUUUAUAGAUAGUGAAGAAGGCUUGGAUGUAAUUAAUUGCUCUGAGACAAAGUGGCAUGCAGGAUCAACCAAACUGUGUUCCUACAAGGAAACAGGCUUGGAAAAAGAAGUCAUUCUUAAGAAUUCACCAGUCAAGAAUCCACACAUUGCAGAUAAGAACUGUUCAAGUCAUUCCAGCAGCAAUACUCUUUCAAGUAAUGCAUCAAGUAGCAAUGAUGAAAAGCAUUUUGGUUCAGGGGACUUUAUGGAUCCUGAGUUACUUGGACUUACAUUCAUUAAAGGAGCAUCAACAGACAGUGGGAUUGACACAGCAUCAUGUAGUAUACCAGCACCAGUUACUGCAUCAAUUCAUCAUUCAGUAAGCAGAUCUGCAUUACACAGCGGGGCAGAACAAGUGGUACAGUGGAACAAUUCUUCAGAAAGCAUGGUACAUGGAAGUAUGGGGGAUCUUAGUGAGCUGUCAUCACUUUCCAGUGGGUCGCUUCAUUCAGGGAGCCCUUCAGCACAUGGUCCUAAACCUAAAGGAACUCUGAAUACCUCAAAAGUAUAUAUUCAGCCUCGUCCCACCCCCCAAAAAAUAACUGGAACUAUUUCAAAUACAUUCCAAAACCAAAGUGCUGUCAGGAAAUAUGUAAUUGGAUGGAAAAAUACUGAUAACAGUCCACACUCUGAAGAAUGUAACAUUUCAGACUGCCAUGGUGAAGAAAAUAUGUCUGCGUCCAGUCUGCUGCAGGACACUGCUAUUAAUACAGAAACUGAGACCAAACAUGGUUUGCAGAAAGAGGAUUUUCUUGAAAUGAUGUCGCCUGGCAGUCCAGUUGGUGAAGAAGAUAAAAGGAAGUUUUCUAUUUUUGGCAGCUUGUCACCAAGACGAACACUUUUUAGAACACUUUCUGAUGAAAGUGUAUGCAGUUAUCGUAGAGGAUCUUCACAUGCCAGUUCACGAAGUUCAAUAUUGGAUCAAGCCUUGCCUAAUGACAUUUUGUUCAGCACAACUCCAUCAUAUCACUGCACACUUCCACUCCACAACCAUGUGAACCCUGGAAUGACAAAUCUCAAAAAUGAGUGUUGGUUCUCUGAUCAGACUCUUUCAGAUAAAUCAAAGUUUAAUGAUCCGGGACUAAUACCUCUUCCAGAUACAGCAGCAGGGUUAAACUGGUCCCACCUGGUUGGUGCAGCUAGAGCUUUUGAAGAUCAAAGAGUGACAUCAUUUUGCACCUUGAAUGCUGUGCAGCAAGGACAUGACUGUGAAGGGUCCCAGGAGCCCUUCUUAUGUUCAGGUUCCUUAAAUGAAAAAAAAAAUUCUUAUCCUCCAGGGCAAACUACACCAUCCACACUAACUGGCAAAGUCAAUCAACUUGAAGUGAUUCUCAGACAGCUGCAAACAGACCUCCUUAAAGAAAAAGAAGAUAAAGCAAUGCUACAGGCAGAAGUUCACCAUUUACGACAAUAUAACAUGAGGUUACAAGAGCAGUCUCUAACAGCAUCAGCACAGCUGAGAAAAUUUACAGAAUGGUUUUUCAAUUCAGUUGAGAAAAGGUCAUAAUAACCUCUGAUCCUGUGGUAUUUUUUAAAGUAUGGCAAAAUCUUCAAUAGAUUUUUAAUUUAGAAAUGUAUUUUUAUAAGUCAGUGCUUUGACAGCAAUAUAUAUAUGUGGAAAAUCACAUUUUUCCCAAAACAUAACCGUAUGUCAGCAUUAGAUGAAUGUAAUACCUGACAGCUUUUCAACAGCUUAUUCAUUUUUGUCUACAACUUUUAAAGGAUAUGCUUAAGUUACCAUCUUGUUUGGUCUUUGAAGAUUGUAUCGGAUUAAUUGCUUAAACAGAACUGAUUUGACAAAACCCAUACACAGAAACAAAAACCCACUUAUCCAACAUUACAUUUGAUAGUGCUCAAUUUUGUUUGUAUGCACAGUAGUUAAAUGUCAUUAUCAUGUUUUCAUAGCAAUAAUAAAUGUACUUUACAGUUAUAGCCUAGACUUUGUUACAUUGGAGAAGUUGCCUGACCAUGUUUGUUGAAUUUAAUAUUUGCUUCUUUAUAAGAAAAAAAAAAUGAGGUUGUACAUGUGGUUCUUGGUUCUUUUUUAGUACAAGCAGUCUGAUGGGAUAGUUUUAGCUGGCACUAAACAAUAUAUAUAUAUAUAUAUAUAUAUAUAUAUAUAUAUAUAUAUAUAUAUAUAUAUAUAUAUAUAUAUAUAUAUAUAUAUAUAUAUAUAUAUAUAUAUAUAUACUAUCAUGGAAAAAAGUAUUGGCACCUUCUGACUUUUUCCAAAUAAUGCACUAAUUGAUUUUCUGCAAAAUAUGUUGAAGUUGCCAAAAACCAGGCUUUCAUUAUUCCUAUUCCUAAAUUAUGGAAAUGUGUUGUUCUAGACAGAAUGUAACAUAUACUUUCUGAUCUGAAAAAAAUGACUCAAAAUACCCACAAAAUAUUGGGUAGCACACAGUUUGAAAAGAGUAAUAGCUAUUAAUGUAGGUUUCAUCUCUUUACUAUAGCUCUUUUGCUCCAGUUCUCCCAGACUUUUUUUUCUAAACUUCUAAAUUAUGCCAUGAAUUUUGUCCAACUUAUUUAAGGACUUCUGUGUGGAGUGAGACUAGGUUUAGUAAUAAAAAAAGAGGACAAUAUUUUUCACCAUAUGAAGAAAAAGUAACCAGGGCUGGUUGUCAAAGUAUUUUAGUGAAGAUUAACUUGCAGCUUCCUUCCUUUUCCCUUCUUUAUGGGCUUCAAAAAUAAAUGCAAGGAGGCACACAACAACAAUAAUAUAUUGCAAUAUAUCAAAUAAAAAUAUAUCUAUCGUUUUUUUUUGUGCUGGUGCCCACUUGGGGACACAUGAAACAUUUGUUGUAAAAACAAUAUAAUGGUGCAACAAAUCCAAAGUGCCACAAGAGGUUACUCAAUGAGCAAGCCUACUCACCAAACCCAAACAGUUUAAGGUUCAGUAAAUGAUUCAUAAUGCAGUGUAAAGCAACAUAUCCCAAGCAGAUGAUAGCAAAUAGUCUUGACGCAGGGGUGCAUCUUUCAGUAACUAUCUGAGUUUCCAGGAAUCAUAUGGAAAACAAGACGAAUAUAGUGCAGUAUUUUAUUUUAAAAUAUAUUAUAACAUAGUACAGUACUUACAAUUACAAGCAAUCAGCUGUAUUCGGCAUAUAAUAUUUCUCAGUGUGGCUCUCAGAUUGGCUCAGCGUAUUUUGCGUGGUUACCCCAUGCUUCCUCAGGAGAUGAGGAAAUGAGAUUUGCCUUGUUUUCCAUAUGAUUCCUGAGAUUUGCGCUCCUGCAUCGGACAUUAUUUGGUCUACUUGUGAUCUGCUGCUUUAUCCUACUUUACUAAUCAUUUAUUGAACCUUGAACAAUGUGGUGAGUAGGCUAGCUGUAGUCGGAUCACUAGUGGAACAUUGAAUUUUAUGCACUGGAUAUUUUAUAUUGCUUUUAUCAUAACAUCCAUGUGGGCACCAGCAAAAAUAUUUUUUUCUAUGAUUAUGUGUGUUUAUUGUAUUUUUUCCCUAAGUAUGGUUGUUCAGCUUAAAAGUAAUAAUCUCUAAGUAAGUUUAAAAAGUAAUAAUACAAAUGAAAAUGCACUGUAAUUUAUAGAUGUGUGUUUUUUAUAGUAUUUUUAAAAAAAACGUAAUGCUAAAGUUGCAAUUUGCAAUCUGACAGAUUUAUCAACAGUAUACAAUCAAUUGUGACUAUAAGGAAUGGUAAAUGCUCAUUCUUUGUUUAAGAAUUAAUUUCAGUAAAAUUCACAAAACAUCUAUGUUUAACAGCAAAUAUAAGAUUAACGUAAACCUUUGCAGUUUACUUUAAUUUUCUAUUUUGAGCUGUUUCAAAGAGAUUUCACAAGCCCUCAUUUAGCACUUCUGUGUUGGCAGCCAGGGGUUGAAUAUGUAGGUAUUGCCUCUAGUAAGACACUCUCUGUACAUUGUUCUCUGGUCCCUAACUUGCUAAAUAUUGACUUCUGCAGCAUUCUGGCAUAGACACAUGCUAAAUUACCAUGGGAAAACAGUAGAGUUCUAAAUCUCAAGGGAACAGAGAGAACAACAUGCAGAGCAGCAUCUCAAUGGUAAAACUCCCUAUAUAUGCUAUUACAGGAAAGCUAUACCCCCGAACAAAGAAUUUAUUGCAUAGAACAGUUGUUUUGUAAAACCCUGCUUCAUGUAAAUAAACCAUUUUCAUAAUAAUAUACUUUUUAAGUUGUAUGUGCCAUUGGGUA